AUGUACCUCCUUCCUGAAUGUCUUAACGCUGUGAAAUACCGUGCCUUUUGGGAGAGUACGGACCAGCCUUCUCUCAAGAAAUUUUUAGAUUUUCGGCUUUCAGCUGGCGACAUAGAAGAUUCAAGAGUUGAAUACGAUCGUUACAAGAAAGAAUUAGACGUAAUCAGCAAAUUUUAUGCUGAAGCAUCUGAGUCUGGGCAGGAAGUGCAAAGGUGGAAAAAUGCUUUCAAGGCAAGUAACGGGAAAGACUGCUUGUCUGUUGGUGAGCUUGCUCCACGAACCGCCUUGAGACUCAUCAUACCAUUAAGUACACCAACUACUCUACAAUCUUGCGCGCUUGUAGUGGGAACGACUGCUUGUCUGUUGGAAAGUAAACGGUCAUCAGCGAUAAAGAAUUUUUGGAAACUUCAAAACGAAAGACAAAAUCUUAUAAUGAAGAACCAGUUGGUUGAAGAUAAGGUCAAUUUUCGAAAAGAAAAAGCAAAUGCGAAGGUUCAAAAGUUGCAGACAAACCAGUACAUAACCGUUGCCACAGUAGCGACAGAACAAAUUCAACAAUAUGCCAAAUCAACCACCACCAGCAUAACGAAGAGGUUUUUUGAUAAUGACAACGAAAGAACAGCAAAACGUACCAGGACUAAUAAGGAUAGUGAAGACGAUGAUGGUACCGAAAACAGUCCUUUUUUGGAAUCAGUUGAGAAUUUAUCUUCUGUCUCUCUUAAAAACCAAUUCUCUCUCGACAAUGAUCCUUUUCCGAUGUCGGGCAAAAAAUCAUCCAAUAAUGACAAGGAUAUAAUAGAUGAAUUCUUUUCCGGUCCAUCUACGCAAGUUUCACAUGAUCUAGUAAUGACAGAAUACCCACAGCAAACAUUGCCAUGCAUCCUUAAAUCUGGUGAGAAUUUCACCGAUGUGUGGAAUAAGUAUUUGCUUAAAAUUGACUUGCAUCAAUGGAGAGUGGAGAAUGAUAGCAUUGUGGUAACUUUCCAGAACGACAUACUCAAAUCUAUGUGUUUGAAAGAAAGCUGGGAGCAAAUCCGAGGCCAAAAACUACAUCUCGCGGAAGAAAAUUUAUUGGAGAGACUUAGUCCUGUUUUUCAAAAGAUAGAAGAUGAGAAGCAGUCUUUAUUGCGGAAAUUUGCGCAAGUGUGGACAGCUAUAGGUGAAGACGACAUCAGCUUGUUUGAGCAGUAUGCAUUACUAGUUAUCCAUAUCUUUAUUAGCGAAUUCACAAGUAAAAGAAGCGCGAUCUCACAUCCCUCAACUACAGAGGCCAUGUGGAGUACAAUAAUGAGCUUUAUAACAGGGAAAGCGAUACGGAGUGGAUAUGUAGAAUAUACGUGGGGAGAGGUCGAGUUAGAUUCGACGGCAUUAAGAAAAGAUAGUGGGCGUGAUAUUCUCUCUCUCCCAAGAGUUGCAACAGGGCACAAAGGAGAUGGAACGGGAUUAUCAAAUGAUGGGCGUGAAUGCUUUGUUAUGGAAAUAUCUUAUGCUCCGCAAGAUCAAGAUAGGCGGAAGACAGCUGAAGAUCUUUAUAAAUUGCUUCGAGAAAUGAGAGAUAUGCUUCAUAUAUCUAAGAAAGAAAAACGCGAAUUAGGUUACAAGAUACCAAAAGAGGGUUUGUGCGUAUAUGGCUCACAGUGUUAUGGAUACACACAAGAUUUGUUUGAGAUGGAGUACAUUAAUCCCUUCUACAUAGCUCGAAAAAUCGGGUCUGUAAAGAUUUCCAACAAUGAUAUCACAAAACUUGCCUUCGUUCUGCGGAUGAUGUGGGCAUUUAAAGAAAGGGUUGCCUCGGCGAAUGAAGUAUGGAACAACUUAGAAAGUCGAUAUGAAAAUUAUACAACGCUAGAAUCAUCUGAUGAUGGAGAUAACUUCACAAAAAUGACCCCAAAGAAACAAUCAAAACAAUCGGCUAUCCAGGACUUAUCAUACAGUAGUACAGAAACCAUUCUCUCAAAAAAUGAUCGAGAUGUAAAUUUAUCAUGCAAUACAAAAAAUACUAAUGGUCAAGCUGAAAUUUCUGAAUUAGAGCAAGAUAAUGAGUGUGAUAAAAAUCAAAUUGUAGACCGGGGUUUAAUAGAAGAAUUACAUUUAUCUACUGAGAGUCAAGACUUCAUUGAUUCUGCAAUAUAUAAUACUAGCUCUACUGAAAUUAACUCAUCUAAUUCGAUAGAUAAGAUAAGUGAAGAAGUUAAAUCUUCGCCAGAGACUAAAGUAAAUAUACCUACCGUAUCUUAUGUUUUCCCAAAAAACAAUCCCAAAAUCAACUCUCCGAAGCUCUUCCCAUUAAAGAAAAUGCUGUCAAAAGAAACACGUAAUCAAGUUAUUAAUAAAUUAACUACACAUUUUAUCGAUUCGCCAAAGUUGGAUAAAAAUAAUAGCAUAUAUACAGAAGGUGAGCAUCAAACUGAUUCUUAUUGG